UGCAGUCACGCUGUUGCGCUUCACUGGCCGCAUCAGCUGCUGCCUAACGGGAAUAUUCGUCACUUGUGAUAAAAUUACAUUAUUUUUUACACCCAAAGCAGACCGCUUCUUGUUCCGCCAUUUUCACCCUACUCCACAUAAAUCUUCGUUUCUCACAAACCGUCUGGAGGAGGAUCAGCGAACAUGUUCUACACCUGUGGUCCUAACGAGGCUAUGGUGGUGUCAGGUUUCUGUCGCUCUCCUCCUCUGAUGAUCCCCGGAGGCCGAGUGUUCGUCAUCCCGUGCAUUCAGCAGAUACAGAGGAUUUCUCUGAACACUCUGACUCUGAACGUGAAGAGUGAUAAGGUCUACACCCGCCACGGGGUGCCCAUCUCUGUCACGGGGAUCGCUCAGAUGAAGAUCCAGGGUCAGAACAAACAGAUGCUGGCUGCAGCCUGCCAGAUGUUCAUGGGGAAAUCAGACGCAGAGAUCGCUCGGAUCGCCUUGGAAACGCUGGAGGGACACCAGCGGGCCAUCAUCGCCCACCUGACUGUCGAGGAGAUCUACAGGGACAGGAAGAAGUUCUCCGAGCAGGUUUUUAAGGUGGCCUCCUCUGACCUGGUCAACAUGGGCAUCAGCGUGGUCAGCUACACGCUCAAAGACGUUCACGACGACCAGGAUUAUCUGCACUCGCUGGGGAAGGCUCGGACAGCUCAGGUUCAGAAAGACGCUCGCAUCGGUGAGGCCAAGAACAAGAGAGAUGCUGUGAUCAGGGAGGCCCACGCCAUGCAGGAGAAAGUCUCCGCUCAGUACAAGAAUGAGAUCGACAUGGCGAAGGCUCAGAGGGACUACGAGCUGAAGAAGGCGGCUUAUGACAUCGAGGUUAACACUAAGAAAGCUGAGUCCGAGAUGGCCUACCAGCUGCAGGUAGCGAAGACAAAGCAGCGCAUCGAGGAGGAGAAAAUGCAGGUCCAGGUGGUGGAGCGGACGCAGCAGAUCAUGCUGCAGGAGCAGGAGAUCACACGCAGGGAGAAGGAGCUGGAGGCCAAGGUGAUGAAACCCGCAGACGCUGAGAGGUACCGGCUGGAGAAACUGGCCGAGGCUCAGCGCCUGAAGUUGAUAAUGGAAGCAGAGGCUGAGGCCGAGUCCAUCAGGAUUAAAGGGGAGGCUGAGGCGUUUGCGGUGGAGGCCCGGGGUCGUGCUGAUGCCGAGCAGAUGGCGAAGAAGGCGGAGGCCUUCCAGCAGUACAAGGACGGAGCCAUGGUGGACAUGCUGCUGGAGCAGCUGCCUCUGAUGGCAGAAGAGAUCAGCAAGCCUCUGUGUGAAGCCCACAAGAUCACCAUGGUGUCCAGUGGAGGAGGAGAGGUGGGAGCAGCCAAACUGUCCGGAGAGGUGCUGGAAAUCAUGACCCGCCUGCCCGAGGCUGUGGAGAAACUGACCGGAGUCAGCAUCUCCCGGGUGGGCUCUCUUACACAGUGAGGAGAAUCAUCCACUCUGGUGACCAGGCAGAUCCACUCUCCUCUCCGUCUCAUCAGCUGCCUGGACUCCUGCACGACUUCCUGCAAACAGGAAACGGCCUCAUCUGUCUUACAUCGUGUGUUAACAUGUCUCCCCACUGUGGCUCUGUCCACACUCUGCUGUGAUGUCUCCGUGUGGUGAAAGUGACAAAACUUUCUCCUCUGAACGACUAUUUUUUUUUCACGUUUCCUGUGUCUAAUGUGCAGCACUGUCUGGGCUGAAGUAUUGAACCACACAGGCCACAGUUACAGUUGUUUGUACAUGACGGGCAGAAAGCAUCGAAUCACAUUGCAUCCAACGUUUUUCAGUGUUCAUGCUCAUGACGGGGUUUUGGUUUGAGCAGAUUUAAAAACAAUCCUCAGCUUUAAUAGUGGCCUCUGUGUACUCAUACUUUAAAGAUGCUGCCUGAACAGUCCUUCUGUCCUUUACUACUUCAAGUCCCCCCCCGCUGUCUGUGUUUACAUGUAAUGUUACUGCCUGUGCUCUGCCUUGCUGCCAAACCUUAAGUGCAUCUUAACACAAGAGUUUAACUCUAAACGAAACCUUCAUUAACUAACAAUACUUACACACCUGUAGUCUAACAUCACACGGCUCCAACCACCGCAUGUGUUUGUCCCUCACAGAUGUAGUAUUUAUUUAUCGAGGAGGGGUGAUGAAGGGAAUCAAAAUGAGAAAUCAUCUGAAAAAGUGUACAGCAUCACGACUUAUUAUUAUUAUUAUUGUUUUCAUUUGUAAUUGAUUUCUUUUUCAUGUUUUCGUCCGUGCUGAGGUGCGUGACGACCCUCAGCUUGAGGUCAACAUCUGUAAUAUAUUAUCAAAACCUCCAAAACGAGAGUGGGAGUCCUACCACACGAUUAUUCUCUCCGUGCAUUUGUAAAAAAGAAAUAAGCUAACGUUGUGGAUGUUGAGUAACUCUAACCCACAGUGCACCUCUGUGUUCAUAUUUAGAACUUUAAUCAGGGCAUUACAUCGGUUACGAUUGUUAUUGGAUGUUGACUGAUCAGGGACUUCAGCUGCAAUCUUCACUUAACUGUCGGGGUUAAAGGAAUUAGGAUGUGAUGCUCCGAGUUUUUCUCAGAGAAAUAUAUAUAUAUAUAUAUAUAUAUAUAUAUAUAUAUAUAUAUCAACUCGUCCCUGCAGACUCGAGGUGUUCCUAGGCGACUUAUUUCAAAACUUGGCAAUCAACCAGAGCAGCAACCCCACCUAGUGGCGGAUAGCUGCGUUACAGGUUGAACGCAACAUGAAUAAAUAAACAUGUUAAUAAUUAGUGUAACUGUCUAGUCAUUCAGGUGACAAACUAAUCGCUCACAUCCCUGCUUCAGAAAAGUAUUACAUACUCGUCACUUUACGUCAACGUUAUGCUAAAUGUUUGAGUUUUUAUUACAGCCUUUUAUGUAGCAGCUCUCGUGAAAGUGUAGCUUGUUCAUCUCCUGGUAAAUGUGGAGUUACGUAAAGCUGUAGCAUUCUAUUGUAGCAGAGAGGAAGUAGUUAUUUCUCUUUAUUGUUUAAUUUAUGUCACAGAGAGUAAUGUGAAGAAUGAAACGUUUAAUCGCCGCGUGUCUUCAGCUUCAGGAAAAUUGUGUUUUAAAGAUUUUGUGUUUUUUGUGAUGGAAGGAAGCGAUGCCUCCUCCGCUGAGCGUUUCUCAUCUUACAACCAAUGAUGAUUGAAAAGUUGGUUGAGGUACCCGAGCUUGUUUUGAUGCGUCAGUCCCUAAAAGAAAAAAGAAGUUCUUAACUUAUUGAGAUAGCUUUAUUAGGAUAAUUGUAUUUAUUUAAAGACGAUAACUACUGUUAGUGUGUGUGAAACGAUACCGCUCAGACUUAUACUACAACUAUUCUAUUACCAAAGUAGGCGGGAAUCAACUAUUGGUGAUCUUCAGAAAAGGAAAUGUGUUAUUUAUUCUCCUGUUAUUGUUCAGUGUAAUGAUACUAUGAAGGGGCACUACAUACAGUUACAGAUGCAUUUAUACAGUAUAUAUUUGAUACAGCAGCACUGCUUGCUUCACCGUCAACACCUCGACUAACUCUCUCCUCUGUGUUUCUUUAUGAAUGUGUUUACGGUCCAAUAAGUCGAGUUUUCUGUUUUUUAGUUUGCUGCUGAAUUUCUGCCAAAUUACGAGGCAGCACUUUGACGAUAUGCUGAAGACUAUAAGUCAAAAACAUGCAGAAGGGAAAACCUCUUAUAUCCUCUUUAAUCCAUGUUCCACAGAUAUAUGAUCAUACAUGCCUUGCUGAACUGUAUUAUUUGGGUUCACAUGUAAUUUUUGCAUGUUUUGACUUGACUGUUUUUUUUUUGUCCAGUUUUUUUUUUUUUCCGUCAGUGGACAAGCUGUGUUGCUCUUUAAUUUUUGUUCAUGUUUUUCACAUGUACAGUUGGCACCCAAUAAACUGGUUUUCUCCGCAUGUUGCACUCA